AGUCCGACCCGAGCGGUUUCAUCAGGAAAAAACAAAAACAAAAAAAGAGACAUCUGGGUCACUGCAUUUCGCGCAGGUCAGGGCGAGAGUGUCGACCGGAACCGGAUUGUGUCUGUGCGUUGUAGGGACAAAACCAAUUUAGAUUAUGAAACCACAAACAUAGAUUUCGGAGAUAACCAAACGCUCCCUCCUCUCUCUCCGGGUCCAAUUUCAAACCCUGAAUUUCGGAUUCGAAAUAGAAGGGAUUUCCGAGAUUUUAAUUUAAUUUUAUUUUUAUUUGGCGAAAAAUGGAAGAGGCAAAGGCAUUGCAACAGCAACAGCAACAGCAACAACAGCAACAACAACAACUUCUGUUGCAACAACAACAGCAGCAACAUCAACAACAUUUUCUGCUCUUUCAGCAGUUGCAAAAGCAGCAACAUCAGCAACAGCAAGCAGCCGCCAUUUCCCGUUUCCCUUCCAACAUUGACGCUCACUUGCGUCCUAUCAGACCCCUCAAUCUCCAACAAAACCCUAACCCUAACCCUAACCCAAAUCAUAAUCCCAACCCUAACCCUAAUCCCAUCCUCAAUUUGCACCAGAACCCUAAUUCCAACCACCUACCGCAGCAGCCGCCGCAACAAUCGCCGCAACAGCAACAGCAACAGCAUAAGAUAAUUCGAACGAGCCAGAUGGAGCUUCAGAUGGCGUACCAAGACGCGUGGCGGGUUUGCCAUCCGGACUUCAAGCGACCCUUUUCUUCUCUCGAAGAUGCCUGCGAGAGAUUAUUGCCAUAUCAUGUUGUGGCAGACUAUGAAGAAGAAGAGGAUGAUAGGAUACUUGAUUCUGACACCACUGGCCAGAUGCUUUCACGGUCCCAGCAGUGGGAUAAUAAUAUAGCUGCUAAAAUUGCUGAAUUCACAGCAACUUUUGAGAAACAAGCACUUGCCUUCAACAUAAUAACCCAAAAGAGAAGUGUGGGGGAGUUCCGGUCCGAGGAGAGAUUGAUGAUUGAGCAGGCACUUCUCCAAGAAGAAAAACGGGCUAAUUUUGAAUUAAGAGCAGAACUAGAGUCCAGGGAGAAGGCUGGUCGUGAAGCACACGAGGCUAAACUACGGAUGGCAGCAAUGUUUCAAGCAGAACAGGCUCGUGCAGAUUUACAGUCUCAUGCUGAAAUGAUGUCUCGAGUGCCAAUGAGAGGGAGUGCACUUGGUUCCCAAGGCAACGACAUUGUGAUUGGCCAUGACAUGGGAGAGCAGGAUCAGGGAAGUAACCCAGGUGAGAUGAUUAAUGGAUGGGGAAACAAUGCACAGAGAGAUGAGAAGGAGCCAUCUGAGGAUUUCUUGAAUGAUGAAGCCGAGAAUGGAGACACUGGAACGCAGGAUGGCUGGCGUGAAGUUGGUGAAUUUGAUUUGAAUGCUAGGUGAUUCUCGAUAGUGAUUGACCAAAACCUUUCAGGAGAGUUUAAAUUAUGUGUUAAGGGAUCAAUAUCCAUUUUAAAGAAUUAUUAUCCUGGGUAUCAAUCAUCAUCUUCAAGUUAGUAUCUUAAGAUUACUUUCUCGAUCAAAAUAUUUAACAAGGGCGCAAGGAAAACUAUUGAAUCAGUAUCAGAUUGGAUAAAUAUCAAUGUUUAUACUCUUUGACUAGUGUAGUGCACAUGGUUGGAUGAUGAUUAGGUCCUCACGAGUGUUAUAUAAGCAUACAAAUUCAGUCAAAUGUAUAUCUUUUGUUUUCUGGG